AUGAAAUUCUCUACCACCUUUGUCACCUGCCUGGCGUUGGCCAGUGGUGUGAAAGCCGCUCCUGUUGCUACUCAACGCAAUGGCUCCCACGGUGCACGCGUGUCUGCUCUUGCUAUGAGCGAAUUAGGUGAUGCUGUUAAUGAUAGACCGAGUUGGGGAUCUUCAAACUGGUCUGGCGGUGUUCUCCAGGGUUCCGACUUCAGGACAGUCACCGGAACUUUCACAAUUCCGAAUAUAACCAUGUUGUAUCCUGGAGAGCCCACAAACGGAACACAUUCGGUCGCCGUUUGGGUAGGCAUAGAUGGCAUACAUGACUGCGAUGCUCUCUUACAAACCGGUGUGGAUCUUACCAUGGAGAAAGGUAUUCCCAAGUUCAAGGCUUGGUUCGAAUGGAUCCCCGGACCAUCAACCGAUUUCGACCAUGAGCUAGAGUUCUCUGUUGGUGACAGCGUGACCAUGACCGUUACUGCCACGUCCAAAACCGGCGGAAUAGCCAUGGUCGAAAACAACAGCAAGGGUACGUCAGUCAACCAUACAUUUGCCAACGAGACUGCAGAGCUCUGCCUGGCCAACGCAGAUUGGAUCGUCGAAAGAUGGACCCUGACUUCCACACACCAAGACGACUCGGGCCGGUCAUACCGUCACUCAACCCAGGUGUCGCCAGUCGAUUUCGAUACAUUGACGUUCACGAAUGCUUCGGCCACCACUGCCAACGGAAGUUCUCUUGAUGCUUGCAAUGCUAGAACAGAAUCUGUUGAUCUUUACGAGGAUGUCGUCAAGGACAAUCGAUCAUCCUCCCGCUUACAGAUGGUUACUACCUUUGAUAAUUCCUCCAUCACCGUCUCGUACGUGAGAGGAGAUCAUGUCAAAUGA